AUGAAUUACCGGGUAAUGACCGGGCGCUCUUGGGCUCUGAUGAACAACAUUACACCCUUACACGUGGCUGCGAAGUGGGGACGUUUGCAAAUGGUGAAGCUACUGCUGGAUUCCGGUGCCAUCGUGGACUGCCGUACGCGGGACGGUCUCACGCCUCUGCACUGUGCUGCCCGUUCUGGUCAUACUGCCGUCUGCAACAUGCUUAUCGAUGCUGGCGGCAAUCCCUCUGCUAAGACUCGCUCUUCGGAACGCCUCUUUCUAACGCAGAGUUUCGGCUUCCUUUUCUUUUCACUGCCUCCUGCCACCAAAUGUCUCCUUCAACUUCCGCGGCAGUCACCACCUGCUGCAGCACAGGCUUGCGAUUUAAACCCUCCUUACCCCAGCCCCCCCCCCUGGCAGCCGAACUGUGAAAACACUUUGCUGCGACCCCUGCUGGCUGCGCGCUAG